CAGAAACGGGAAGAGAGAGAGAGAGAGAGUCAUCAUCUUCUGUGGGAAGGAUCAUUGAAACAAGGUAGGCUUAGGUUGAGAAAGGGAAAUACAAAUAAAAAAUUAGAAUAGGAAGUGGGGAUUAAACGAAGUUGGAUUCUUUAUUUUUUGGAACUCACUCAUAACCCUCCUUUCACCUUCCUCUCUCUAUCCUUCUUGAGCUACAACUGAGCUUGAAGAAUAGUCAUCAAUCAGGGGUGGUAGUAAGCCUAGAAAGUUCUGGAGAUUGCUGAAACUUCAACAUAUUUAAUCAUGGUGACUUAAAUUAGAGUCGGUAAAGCUUCUUUUGCUGUUUAUGAGAUUCAUAAACUAAAUUUACAGCAUCAGAUUCCUUCUUUCUACAUGCUUGUUAUUUUCUGUCCCAAUCGUGGCAUCACGGUAAAUCCUGGCAUUUAAAAAUACAUCAUGCUAUGAUGGAACAACCUGGAAUGCAGAAACAGCAACAGUACAAUAGCAUGGAACCUAGAAAUGAGGAACUCCAUUCUGCACCACAGUCUACUGUGCAGGACCGUCUGGAAGGCAUGCGUGUCAAUAUGAGGCCUGCUGACCGUAAUAUGUCAGAUAAGAAACCUGUACUUAAUUACUCCAUUCAGACUGGUGAGGAAUUUGCUCUUGAAUUUAUGCGAGAUAGAGUGAAUCUCAGGCAGCCUGUCUUUCCAAAUAUCGUGGGUGAUCCCAAUUAUGCAACAGGUUAUAUGGAAUUGAAGGGUAUUUUAGGCAUUAGUCAUUCAGGAUCUGAAAGUGGCUCAGAUAUUUCUAUGCUCCCAAAAGUUGAAAAAGGUCCCAAAGAAUUUGACAGAAGAAGCUCUUCUAUGCAGCGGGACAGAAGCAAUUAUGUGUCAGUUCGAUCAAUCCCUAGAACUUCAUCUAAUCAAGAAAAUAACCGAGUCCUUCAUGGUCUUGCUUCGUCUGGAGCUUCUACUGGCUCAUCAAUGAAGAUGAAGGUUCUUUGUAGUUUUGGUGGUAGAAUAUUGCCACGCCCCAGUGAUGGAAAGCUUAGAUAUGUUGGAGGUGAAACACGUAUUAUAUGUAUCAGAAAGGACAUAAGUUGGCAGGAGCUUAUGCAGAAAGCCUUAUCACUCUAUCAUGAAACUCAUGCUAUAAAGUAUCAGCUCCCUGGGGAAGAUCUUGAUGCCUUGGUUUCUGUAUCUAGUGAGGAGGAUCUGCGAAAUAUGAUGGAAGAAUGCCGUGAUCUAGAAAAUAGAGAAGGAUCACAAAAACUUAGGAUGUUUCUGUUUUCCAUGAUUGAUAUGGAUGAUCCUAGUGUUGAUGGUGAUACGGAAAUCCAGUAUGUGGUGGCUGUUAAUGGCAUGGACUUGGGAUCAAGGAACCAUUCAGCCCUUCAUGUUGCAAGCGCUUUUGCUGAUAAUUUACAAGAACUAGAUGGACAUAAUAUUGAGAGGGAGGCCAGUAGAACUCAGAUGGAAUCAACUGGAGCUACUAGUUCUUCCUUGGCUGCCAAUGUUAACUCGUCAUUGGGAAUUCAGUUUUCGCAACCAAUGAUUCCAACUGCCUCAAGUGCUUAUGAAAGCAAUCUGUUGUUUCAUAGUAGCCAUCAUGAGGAAACGAGUCAAUAUCCAGUGCACUAUGGUGUUGAUUCUUCUAACAACUCAGCUUUUAGACAUAUUCCAGCUUCUGCGCCUACACAUGUUCCUAACAAUCAAGGAAUUAUCAAUGAAGGGCAUCCACCUGAUGUGUUGCAAGUAACAAAUCCAGAAAUGCCACCAAUGCAGGUAAAGAAAAGGGUUGAUGGUUCCAUUAAGCAUGAAAGUGACUCUGGAAAAGGCUUAUCCUCAGAAACACCAUAUCCUGUUCCUUCACAACCAUUUGAUGGAAAUUUACCGGGUAAUUUUUCUGAAGUACCAGUUACAAACGCUGUACCAGGGGUGCACCAACAUAAAUUGCCUUCAAAAAGCAAGGGCAAGCACCAGCAUUAUGAAGAGGCCUUCUCAUUGGUGAAUACAGCAAAUUCCCCACAGAUUCCAAAGUCUGGUGAAGAUGACCUCUGUUCUACCUCUACUAAUGCUUUCAAUCCUUCUUAUGUUGAUUCUGGCUCCAAUGUUGUUGAUUUGAGCUGCCUUGAGCCUCCUGCACUUCCCAACAGAGUCUAUUAUUCAGAGAGAAUCCCUAGAGAGCAGGCAGAUUUGCUGAACCGAUCCACAAAGUCAGAUGAUUUACAUGGUUCUCAGGCUCUCGUGUCUGAUCUACUCUCUGACUUCAACCAACAGAAUUCAACUACAGAAUCAAGUGAUAAGUUACAGGCUGGAAAUCUGUCAAAUCUGACGGCAGUGUCAAGCAUGACAGCAAAACCAUUGAAUCCAAAUGGCCAUGCCCUUGGCAAUGGGCUUGCCCAGCUACAAAAUCAAAAACAAUUGUCAGAUGCAAACAACACAGAUUAUAAAGUUGCUGCAAAUGAAGAUCGGGUCCUUAGAUCUGAAAAUGAAACCAAUUUAUCCAGAGACAAUCAUAGCAAUUACAUAGUUGAUGAAACCAACAGCACUGACCAUCCUCCAUUUCACAAGGUUCCAUCUGACCGUAAUUUGGGUGAUGCUUCUAACAAAGAAUCCAGCAAUGAUGCUAAGAUUCAACCACAGCCCUUUGCUUUAGCUGGGAACAUGAGCCAAGAUGUUUCUCAAGGUUUACCCUCAGAUGCUGUUUCCGUGCCUGCUCAGGGUGAUAUUAUGAUUGAUAUUGAUGACAGGUUUCCUCGCGAUUUCCUUUAUGAUAUGUUCUCCAAGGCAGUACUCUCUGAAGAUUCCUCACGUAUUAGCCCAUUCCCAACAGAUGGAACAGGUUUAAGCUUAUAUGUGGAAAAUCAUGACCCAAAAAGUUGGUCAUAUUUUCAGAAGUUGGCAAAUGAAGGGUUUGAUAAUGUGUCUUUAAUUGAUCAAGAUCAUCCAGGUUUUUCAUCUGCAUUGAGAAAAAUGCAAGAAGAAGAUAGUAGAUCUCGGCAAGUUGCACCCCUGCCAGCUGAUGGAGUUUCAGGAGGCGGUGAUUUUGGUAAAGAAAAUCAGAAAAAUUUGCCUGUAACAACUAGAACAGAGGCCACUGUUCUGCAUCCAAACUAUGAUCAAACCCAAGUUAGUGAGACUGAAAGCAAGAAUUUGGAUCCAGUAAAGGGAAACACAAGAGUAAAAGACUCUGAAUAUGAGGAUCGCAAGAAUGAAGCAGGGAAUCUUGGUCAUCUGCAUGAUCGUUCUUUGGAGGAUAUUGACAUCAGUACUUUGCAGCAGCUCAUAAAUAAUGAAGAUCUUGAAGAGCUGAAAGAAUUGGGUUCAGGAACCUUUGGGACUGUAUACCAUGGAAAAUGGAGGGGAACGGAUGUUGCCAUUAAAAGAAUAAAGAAAAGUUGCUUCACUGGUAGAUCUUCAGAACAAGAGAGACUGACUGUAGAGUUUUGGCGGGAAGCUGACAUACUAUCCAAGCUUCAUCACCCAAAUGUGGUAGCAUUUUAUGGUGUAGUACAGGACGGGCCUGGAGGAACAUUAGCUACUGUUACUGAGUUCAUGGUAGAUGGUUCUCUAAGGCAUGUUUUGCUUCGUAAGGAUAGGUAUCUAGAUCGCCGCAAGAGGCUGAUAAUAGCCAUGGAUGCAGCUUUUGGAAUGGAGUAUUUGCACUCAAAAAAUAUUGUGCAUUUUGAUUUGAAAUGUGACAAUUUGCUCGUGAACUUAAAGGAUCCUUUGCGGCCAAUAUGCAAGGUUGGUGAUUUUGGCCUUUCAAAAAUUAAACGAAAUACCCUGGUUUCUGGUGGCGUGCGUGGAACUCUACCUUGGAUGGCACCUGAGCUCUUGAAUGGCAGCAGCAACAAAGUCUCAGAGAAGGUUGAUGUAUUCUCGUUUGGCAUUGUAUUAUGGGAGAUUCUUACCGGUGAAGAACCAUAUGCUAAUAUGCACUAUGGCGCAAUUAUAGGAGGCAUUGUAAAUAACACAUUAAGGCCAACAAUCCCCGGUUAUUGCGAUCCUGAGUGGCGGCAACUAAUGGAGCAGUGUUGGGCACCUAACCCCGCAGCCAGGCCAUCAUUCACAGAAAUUGCUCGUCGCUUAAGGGUGAUGUCUGCAGCUGCUGGUCAGACCAAAGGGCAAGGCUAUAGGGCAUCUAAAUGAUUGUUCAGCAGAUUUGAUGCCUUUAACUUCAUUCAUUUGCACUGCAAAUGUGGUAUAUUUAUACAGAAGUCACGCAGUAGUACAUAGAGGAUUGUCGUUGUAAAAUUCUGUUUUCUCCCUCGGUUUUUGUUUCCUGGUUACUGGAUAAUAUUGUGUGCCAAACCACAUUAAAAUCAUAGUCGUCAAUAUUUUUGUUUGUAAUGGUAUUUGCAUAGUUAAUCCUGGACUACGAAUUUGGUUCCUUUCUUUCCUACGAUUUCUUUUGAAGGAACACUGUGAUCUUACAUUGAUAGAGUGAAACUCGAAACUGAAGGUUUCAUUUA